UUUUCAUAAACGGUGCCUGAUUGUACUUUAUAAAAGAUUAAAGUAAACGCCAUGAGUCAGUGCCACAUGUAACAUUGUAUUCCGUGUGGUUACACAAACCUUAUAAACUAUGUGUGUAUACCACACCUCUUCUACUACGCAACGGUGAGGGUACCAUAUCAUUUAUAUAAUAGGGUCUAAGUAGGGAAAGAUGUUAGAAAACGAAAACUGGACUGUAUAAAUGGCUAAAGAAAAAUGAUUGGUUUUUAAUGAUCCAUACCAUUACUCCAGGUUUAAGCUGGUUCAUGAUGGUUUUGAGUCCAGAACAAGUAGCCUUUAUAGGCCAGGUGUUUGAAUCCUUUGUUUUGGAAUAUCACAGGACUGACAUAAUUCAGAUUUUAAAGGAAACCAAUGAAGAAGCUCACUAUUCUGUAGCCAUCAAUGCCAUAACCCUGUUUGAGACAAACAUGGAAGUGGCAGAAUACUUUAACUCAUUUCCAAAUGAUGUACUUUUAAUAUUCGAUAGUGCUUUACAAAGAGCUGCCAUGUUUGUAGUACAGUCUCUUUCAACACCUAAAGAUCACAAAAUGAAGCAAAAUCUUCAUACUAGAAUUUCAGGAUUGCCUGUUUGUCCGGAAUUGACUAGAGACAGCAUUCCAACAUCAUGUGAUGUUGGCCACUUUUUGUCUAUUACUGCAACAGUCAUAAGGACUAGCAUGGUGAAAGUACUCGAGUUUGAGCGGGAUUACAUGUGUGCUAAGUGCAAGCAAAUAUUUCCUGUCAAAGCAAACAUUGAGCAAUAUUUCAGUUUUGUGACACCAUCAUGCUGUCCAAAUGAAGAUGGUUGUAAUUCAUCUAAAUUUACCUGCAUGUCUACAAGUUCACUUGCAUCUGGAUGCAGCAAAGACUACCAAGAAAUCAAAAUACAAGAGCAGGUGCAGAGACUUGCUGUGGGAAGUAUUCCUCGAUCUAUGGUUGUGGUGCUGGAAGAUGAUUUGGUAGACAGCUGCAAAUCUGGUGAUGAUAUUACUAUUUUUGGUGUUGUAAUGCAGAGGUGGAAGCCCUUAGUAAAGGACACUCGUUGCAAUGUUGAAAUAUUUUUGAAGGCUAAUUUUAUUGAAGUAAACAAUGAUCAACCAACAGGAAUGGUUAUUAAUGAAGAUACCUGGAAAGAAUAUCGGGACUUUUGGAAUAAAUAUAAAUGUAAUCCCUUGGCAGGUCGAAAUGAAAUCCUAAUGAGCUUGUGCCCCCAAGUGUUUGGAAUGUAUGUUGUCAAACUUGCAGUAGCAAUGGUUCUUUCAGGUGGAGUACAAAGAAAUGAUGCUUCUGGGACAAAGGUAAGAGGUGAGUCACACCUUUUACUAGUUGGUGAUCCUGGGACUGGAAAGUCGCAGUUUUUGAAAUAUGCAGCAAAAAUUACUCCACGAUCUGUGCUUACGGCUGGGAUUGGCUCCACAAGCGCAGGGUUGACUGUUGCUGCUGUGAAGGACUCUGGUGAAUGGAACCUGGAAGCUGGUGCUCUGGUCCUGUCUGAUGGAGGUUUGUGUUGCAUUGAUGAGUUCAACAGCAUCAAAGCUCAUGAUAGAACAUGUAUUCAUGAAGCAAUGGAACAGCAGACCAUCAGCAUAGCCAAGGCCGGCAUUGUCUGCAAACUUAGUACAAGGACAUCUGUUUUAGCAGCAACCAACCCUAAAGGCCAGUAUGACCCUGAUAUACCUGUCUCUGUGAAUGUUGCCUUGGCUAGUCCACUACUAAGCCGCUUCGACCUGGUACUGGUUCUUUUGGACACAAAGAAUGAAGAGUGGGACCGUAUUAUCUCAUCUUUCAUAUUGGAUAACAAAGGUGUUCCUAGCGAAUCUAAUAAAUUUUGGAGUAUGGAAAAGAUGAAAACCUAUUUCUGCCUUGUUAAGACUUUACAGCCCACAAUGACAGAUGAAGCAAGUGAAGUUUUAAUUCGUUAUUACCAGCUACAGCGACAGAGUGACAGCCGUAGUGCUGCCCGAACUACUGUUCGGAUGUUGGAAAGCCUAGGACGCUUGGCUGAAGCUCAUGCUCGCUUGAUGUUUAGGGAGACUGUACUUCUGGAAGAUGCAAUUACAGUUGUAUCUGUAAUGGAAUGUUCUAUGCAGGGUGGUGCUCUCCUUGGCAGUGUGAAUACCCUGCAUACUUCAUUCCCCGAAGAUCCUCUUGAACAGUAUAAAAUGCAGUGUGAAAUCCUUUUGGAAGGACUAGGGCUUCAAAAACUACUAGACAAUGAACUUAAAAGGCUUAAUCGGUUACAGAAUGGCACUCCAAAGAAACAGAAAACUUCAUGUGGCAAGGCUACUGCUUCAUCUAAUCAAAGUCCGUCACCUGGAACAUCAGUCCCAUUAAAGUCUUUAAAUUCUACAGACCCCGAAAGUGGUCUUGACUGGUUUAACUGCCUAGAUAAUGAUGCUAAAGUGGAUGUUGACAGGCAGUUAUCGCCAGUACAGAAAUUAUCCCCAUUACACUGUAAUGGAAAACUGUCCACAUUUCUACAAGAGAGCUGCAAGCAUGAUCAUAUAAGUAGGAACAGUUUAAUAAGUGAAGAGACUGAUUUACCUAAUUUGGCUAGAAAUUCUCUGAAGGAAAAACUGUUAAAGUGUACAACAUCUGAAACCAUUAUUUCUAAACAACAUAAUUUUGAUUUGAAUGAUGAUCCAUCACAUUCAGUUGUAGUAGAAAAGGUAUCUAAAAGCCUUAAAGCAAAGAGGCAGAAAAAAAUUAAACACCUUUCUCCUGGUGAUAUAAUUGAACCAAAUAAGAAUCCUGACAAAUCUGUUAUUUUGGAUAUGCCAGAUGAAAACCUCAGUGAAUCUGUUAUCCUUCUUCCCACUGAGCAGGUGCCACUUCACAGCACCCCUCUAGCUACAAAAAGAUCCAAAACCUUUUUUAAAAAAAGUAACCACAUUCCAAUGGAUUCUAGUGGUGGGAGUAACAAAGUAGUUGGUGCCAAUAUUCCUGCUGACCUCAAAGAAAAAUUAAAAUCUUUCGUGUUUCAGCAAAAGGAGCGAGUAAUUCAUUUUGAAAAUAAUGACCCUUUGUCCAUUCCAGCUUCUUUUGAGCAUGAAUAUAUUGAAUUACCUGUGUUAGAUACUGAUCUGAAAUUGAACCAGAAUGACACUGAAAGUAGAAAGCUAAGGAAAAGUGUCACUAGUGAAAGGGAAAACCGAGCCACAAGAGCAACUGCUGAAAAAACAAAACAAAAUGAGCAGUCAAUAGAUUGCGCUGGAAAGUUAACACAAAAUAAGGAACAUGAAUUAUCAAACAAUGUGGGAAGUAGUAAACCCACAGAAAGUGGUGAGGUGAAUGGACAGAAUAACCCAGAAGACGGCUUUGGCAGGUCCAGGGUGGCAGCCACAACACUAGCCAAGUUGGCUAAAUUUUCUUUCAGCUCAUCUAAUGAGGAUGAGUCGCAUAAUAAGAUCUCAUCUACAGGACAGACUUCCCUAAAUGUAGGAAAUUCAGUAGGAAAGUGUCAUAUUGACAAUCAAAAUGAAACCCAUUUGGAAUUAACUGGAAAUUCUCGAAAAAGGAAGUCCUUUGAAAUUGCUUUACCAGAAGCAAAAUACAUAGUUUCAAAAAUGAAUUUGUUUUGCUCUUCAGAAUAUGAUGACGACACAAUGGAUAUUGAUUGGGAAGAGGAAACAAGAAAAAAAAACUAAGAUGUGAUGAACAUGCUUCUGUUUAAGAAAGCUAUUAAACUUCAUACUCUGAAAAUUACAGAUCUGCUGUUUUAGUAUAGAUGUGGCUAUACCUAAAAUCUACUGUGUAUAUAAAAGCACCUACUGUAGAUUAACAAAUAGUAUGUACUGUGUUAUACAUAAAUAAAUAUUGCAUAGCAAGUAAAAAUA